CUUACAUAUAUCUAUAUCUAUAUCACACCCACUAUUUAUAAAGAUCCAUUUAUUUGACACAAACAAUUACACACAUAAAACAUGACAUUAUUGUACAUGAAUUCAAUGUCUGUUUCGAUCACAUCAAACAACAUUUUUCAAUCUUCUUAUAUUCAUGUCCGAAAUCCAUUUUGCUGUCGGUUAAGAAGUAAUGUCAACGUUAAAGUCAACCCCAGAAAUGUGUCUUUUUUCAAAAAGAAACUUGUUCGUGAUCAUAUUAGUUUGUGUCAUGGAAUUCCAGUUUCUGCCGAAUAUAAGACGGAAACAAAGCAAGUUCGCAAGUAUGCACCUCUCCUUGAAACUCCUUUACUGUCAGAGAAUAAUGCAUUCACUACAGAAUUAGAAACGAUUCCUGACAUUUGGAGGUCCUCAGCAGAAAAGUUUGGCGAUCGGUUUGCAUUGGUGGAUCCACAUCAUGACCCUCCCACAUAUAUGACUUACAAGCAGGUGGAGCAGGAGAUAUUAAACUUCUCUGAAGGUUUAAGAGUUAUCGGAAUCAAGCCAUGUGAAAAGAUGGCACUUUUUGCUGACAAUUCCUGCCGGUGGCUUGUUUCUGAUCAAGGUAUUAUGGCCACAGGAGCAGUAAAUGUUGUGAGGGGAUCUAGGUCGUCGGUGGAAGAGCUAUUACACAUCUAUAAUCAUUCUGAAAGUGUUGCGCUUGUUGUGGAUAACCCUGAAUUAUAUCACCGGAUGGCAGAGGCCUUUAAUUCCAAGGCAUCUGUUAGAUUUGUCAUCUUACUUUGGGGGGAAAAAUCAUCCGUUGUUAGCCAUUUGAAGGAGGGAAUUCCUGCAUAUAGCUAUAAGGAGAUCAUAGAUAUGGGUCGUGAACAUCGUUCAAUUUUGGUUGAUUCACACGAUGCCCGUGAGGAGUAUCUUUAUGAGCCUAUAAAGUCUGAUGACCUUGCUACUCUUAUAUACACAAGCGGGACCACCGGUAACCCAAAAGGAGUAAUGCUUACACAUAGUAAUAUUUUGCACCAGGUUAAUAAUUUGUGGGACGUUGUCCCUGCUGAGCCUGGGGAUAGAUUUCUAAGCCUGCUUCCACCUUGGCAUGCAUAUGAACGUUCAUGCGGGUAUUUCAUACUUUCUUUGGGAGUUGAGAUAGUAUACACCACUGCAACAUACUUAAAGGAUGAUUUGCGAAAUUAUCAGCCACAAUUUAUGAUUUCUGUCCCUCUAGUAUUUCAAACUCUAUACAGUGGGAUCCAGAAACAGAUAUCCACCAGCUCUGCCAUCCGUAAGAUGGUUGCAUUAUCAUUGAUUAAGAUCAGUAUGGCUUAUAUGGAGUUCAAAAACAUAUAUGAGGGUAAAUGUUUGUCAAGAACUCAGAAGCAACCUUCUUACAUCGUUGCAAUAUUAGAUUGGCUGUAUGCACGCGCUAUUGCUGCAAUUUUGUUUCCGUUGCAUGCAAUCGCAAAGAAGAUUGUGUACAGUAAAAUUCACUCAUCUAUUGGGCUUUCAAAGGCUGGAAUAUGUGGAGGUGGUAGCUUGCCUACGCACGUUGACAAGUUCUUUGAGGCAAUUGGCACAAAAAUUCAAGUUGGAUAUGGAUUAACAGAGUCAUCUCCUGUUAUAGCUGCUCGGCGACCAUAUUGCAAUGUACUUAGCUCAGUUGGGCCUCCAAUUCGGCAUACAGAAAUAAAAGUUGUUGAUGAUGAAACGGGUGAAGAUCUUCCUCCUGGUUCAAGGGGGAUUGUCAAAGCCAGGGGACCGAUGAUCAUGCAAGGUUAUUAUAAGAAUCUAACUGCUACAAAACAAGCCGUAGAUGAGGACGGCUGGUUAUACACUGGGGAUAUUGGAUGGAUUUCCACUUCCCAUUCAGUAGGCCGAAGUCGUAAUUCUGGUGGCAAUAUUGUUCUUGAAGGGCGUGCCAAGGACACUAUUGUCCUUUUAACAGGGGAAAACGUUGAACCAGAACAGCUGGAAGAAGCUGCCAUGAGAAGUAGUUUAAUUCAACAGAUUGUUGUCUUUGGCCAGGAUCAACGUCGUCUGGGAGCUAUCAUCGUUCCAAACAAGGAAGAAGUUCUAUCGGCAUCAAAAAAAUUGAUUGAAUCAGAUUCUGGUGCUGCUGAACUUAGUAAGGAGAAAGUAGCUGGCUUGUUAUCGGAAGAGCUUCGGAAAUGGACUUCAGAUUGCUCCUUUCAGAUCGGACCCAUUCUUGUAAUCGAGGAGCCUUUUACGAUUGACAGUGGUUUGAUGACUGCAACCCUGAAGAUCCGGAGGAACCAAGUUGUGGAACUAUAUAAAGACCAGAUAGCUGAUCUAUACAAGUAAUCUUGUAUGUUAAAUAAAGUUCAAAGCAUCUACAUUCCAUGGCUAGAAGUAAUCUUUAUGUAAGCUUUUUGAGAAUAUAGUUAGAACCGUGAUAUGGCUUAUCUGGUUGUCCUGUUAUGCCUUUGUGCUAUCUGUUUUUCUUUGAACUUUGUAGCAUCUCGCUAAUUAUCAUUUAUAUAUAUAAAUAUUAUCUUGUUGCCGAUA